AAACCUCCCUAACGUGAAGGAAAACGAGGCGUACAGACCCGGGAUCUUCAAGACGAUCGCGUUUCAGUAUGACUCAGAAAUGAUGACGAAGAAAGACAGGAAAUUCGUGACACGAAGAAUUGUCCGCCCGCUAAUCCCACAGGACAUCCUGUUUGCUAUUGGUGGGUAUCACGAAGGAAGGCCGUCAGAUGUGAUCGAAGCGUACGACGCACGAGCAGACCGGUGGAGUGUGGUGGAGGGUGUCGACUCGAUCGCUCCGCGAGUCUUCCAUGGCACGGCAGUAGUCGGUUUCGACAUUUACGUCAUCGGUGGUGUUGGCGACUUCUAUGAAGUUUUAAGCUCAUGCCGCUGCUUGAACGCAGUUACGAAGACAUGGCGCGAGGUGGCGCCCAUGAAUGCCCGAAGGCGAAGUUUAAUGGUGGCAGUUCUGCGAGGUGCAGUGUACGCCAUGGGCGGUUUCGAUGGUCAUCUGUGUGACAGAACGGCCGAAAGAUACGACUGCAAGACAAACAAGUGGUCGUGGAUCGCUUCCAUGAACACAGGGCGAUCCAGUGCAGGUGCGGCUGUGCUGAAUGGUACGUAAAUCCUGUUAAAGAGUAGUGUAUGAGUUAG